GAGUGGGCGAGGCUUAUGGCUGUCAUUUAAUGGUGUAUUCAGCUUUCACAGGUUAAACGACGAUGGCGAGUCAGAAGAAAGAUCAAGUUGCAGGUGAGGUGGAGUUGGAUCAUGGCUCAGCACAACGUGUUACUCCUACAGUUAGUGUUGUGGCACUUCAGCAAAACAAGGCAGGAAGGAGGCCAGACAGAGAUGGACGCUAGAUAUCGAAGUGCCUGCAACAUCGACCCAAAUGAGGAGUACAACAUGAAGCACAAACGCAGAGGUCUGGCGCUCAUCUUUAACCAGGAGAACUUUUACUGGCAACUCAGGCUUCACUCUCGAAAUGGAUCCACGGCAGACAGGGACAACCUCAAAAAGAGGUUUGAGCAGCUGGAAUUUGAGGUGAGGACUUACAAUGAUAAGAAACGGGAAGAGGUUCUGCACAUCAUCACUGAAGCUGCUAACGCUAAUCACGCAGACGCUGACUGCUUCGUCUGCGUGUUCCUGAGCCAUGGCGAAAACGGACACGUUUACGCCCAGGACGACAAGAUCGAAGUCCAGGACAUGACGUCUCUGUUCAGAGGAGACAAAUGUCGGAGUCUGGUGGGGAAGCCAAAGAUCUUCAUCCUGCAGGCGUGUCGUGGGGACAAACACGACGAUCCGGUCACUCCCAUGGACAUGGUGGACAGCGAGCUGGUCAAUGAGGUGGUAGUGGACGCCGGUGUGGUGCAAACGCUCCCUGCAGGAGCCGACUUCAUCAUGUGCUACUCAGUAGCUGAGGGUUUCUACUCCCACAGGGAGACCGUGAAUGGUUCCUGGUUUGUUCAGGACCUGUGUGAGCUGCUGAAGCACUACGGCUCCACGCUGGAGUUCACCGAGCUGCUCACACUCAUCAACCGCAAAGUGUCUCAGCGCAGUGUGGGGAACUGCAGAGACCUCUCGGCAAUCGGCAAGAAACAGGUGCCCUGCUUCGCCUCUAUGCUCACCAAGAAGCUCUACUUCAGGCCAAAGCGAGGAGAUUAUGUGUAGUCACUCUCAUCCACACACACACACACACACAGAUUCAGGGACUCUGAUUUAUCUUUAAGCCUUUCUGGAGUUUAUUCAGCAUGAGAGAGAGGUGUAGAUGAACAGCCACAAUGUUUACGAAAGCUUGCAGGGUUUACAAAAAUUGAAAUUAUGGGAGAUUUGCUUUCUUAAAUCUGUACUAGGGAACCAGUGGGAAUGAAUUGUUAUGGCAGGGAACCAAUGGAAAUACAGGGCUGUAUCAAGGGACCAAUGAAAGUAGAGGGUUAUCUCAGAAUUAAUGAAAACAAUGCUAUUUUGGAAAACCAACUAAAAUGGGUGGUUAUGCCAGGUAACUAAUAAGAAAUGCAGGAUAGAUACACAGGAUUCAUGUCAGGAAAUUAAUAAAUGAUAAAGGGUUAGGUUGGGGAACCAAUAAAAAUUGUGCAUUAUCUCAGGUUUCCAUGGAAAACGGAUGAUAGUUCGAAAACAGUCUUCAUUUCUCUGAAAAUGUAACCUUAUAUAGAACCAUAUAUAAGGAAAUCAGUAACCUGGGAUUAUAUUAGGGAACCAAUGAACAUAGGCGACCAAUGAAAUGGGAGGGUUAUCUAAAGGGGACCAAUGAAAUGGGAGGGUUAUCUAAAGGGGACCAAUGAAAUGGGAGGGUUAUCUAAAGGGGACCAAUGAAAUGGGAGGGUUAUCUAAAGGGGACCAAUGAAAUGGGAGGGUUAUCUAAAGGGGACCAAUGAAAAUGGACCAGUGUAUCUAAAGGGGACCAAUGAAAAUUUGUGCUUAAAUCAUGAAACCAAUGGUUGGGGAACAAAUAUAAAUGGUGGAAUAUCUCAGGGAUCCACUGAAAGUGUUUUUUUUUUUUUUUUGUUCUGUUUGUUUUUUUUUUAAUAUAAAAAGUGAACUAAAUAAAGGAACCAGUAAAAUUGAAGAUUAUGCCAGGCAACUGUCACGUCAAGGCAAGGGAUAUAAAUAAAAACAAAGAGUUAAGUUUGAGAACCGAUAACAGUAGAUGUUUACCUCAGGGAACCACUUAAAACAAAACAUUUUCAGCGGUCUGGGUCAGUCAAAUUUCCAUUGUUCUCCGCAGCAGAGCCUUUCCUUUCCUGCAGGUGCUGUGGCUUCUGUAAUCGUUAUUUAAAACCGGUCCAACAGUGCAGAUAAGUGAACACACUUAUUCGUUUCACUUCCCUCAUCACACACUGUGAAUUUCCCUGCCAUCUGUGUUGUCGAGGUAUGUGUACACAGGUGGAAUUACAGCCGCUUCCUGUUAAACAAGUUGGGAUUUUUGUGGCACCGAGAUUUACUCGGACAUGGGAGCAGGUGAUUUCACAGAACGGAGACUUCAUUUCUGCACAGCGAUUCAUUGUGCACAUGCUUGUAGAACUGAGAAGUGAAGCAGAGUUCAGUCUGUCUGUACGUUUCAGAUAGUAGCUGGUCUUUAAAAACGCAUUUAAGGUACGUAAGAACUCCGUAACCACUGCUCAGCCUUUAAGGGUACCACAGGGAACAAAACUGUACCUGUACAACACCUUUUUUUGUGUGUGUGUGUGUGGUCACUGAACACACACACCUCAAACUACAGGUGAUCCAGUCGUGUGAGCUUUUCCGUGUAGUCUGAUAGAUCUGAUCUGAUUUUUGCGCACGAUAUCAGAAUAGAGCAAUAAGGCUAGUAAAGUAAGUCUAACCUCUUAAUACAGCCACAAGCGGCGAUUUGCGGGGUCCAAACUCUCGUCGUAAUUAGCAUCCCCACUGACCGGUUCUUCCCAAGCUUCACCGAGCACUAGAGUCCGUACGUGAGCAUCCUGUUUACGUUUCACGAUGGUACUCCAUGCUAACCCUGAGAACUGCCUGUGGAAAGUUAAUUGGCUAAUGUUAAUGUAAUGGCCAAAUGUUAUCUUCACCGGACUUCCAGCUCCUGAGGAACAGCUGUUUGAACUCAACCUGACAAUCGGUCAUGAGUUUCAGCUGUUUGAGUAAAUUUAAACUUUAAUUUAAUGCAGUGUGGCAGCCAUAUUCUUACCGUUCUUGAAAUGUAUAGUCUGCUGAGUAUUUUGUCACCAGUUUCUUGAAGAUAUGCAAAAAAAGGACCUCAGACUAGUUAGCAAAAGCUGUGGAAUAUCAAGCAAACGCCCUUAAAUGGUUGCUAAUCUCAACGUGGAUUCCUAACGACUGGAUUUCCUUUGGUGCUCGGACCCCUAAUGAGACUCUCGAUGUCGGUUCACACGCGUUUACACCGUGUGAUCUGUUUCCUCAAGCAUAUUUCGGUUUUCUCUCCGGGUUGAUUUAUUGAUUUCAGUUCACAAUCUGAGAUCAGAUCACACUUUGCCACGCUGACCUCUUGUUUAUAAGAAAAGGGAAUUCCGUGUUUUCGUCUCUCGCUCGGUCUUGGUAAUGAAACGUUUUAUUCAGCAGCGUAUACAUUUUUAUCAGUCGUACACCAGCGUUUAAAAGCUGUAGCAGAAAUGUUUGUAUUUUGCAGUCUAGAUGUGGGUGGGAUCAAAGACACAACGUCCAAUCGGGCAUCACGAUAUCCGAACAUAACGGACGAAACACUACCAAAGUCUUAAAGGGGUCAUGUGAUGCGUCUUAUUUUUUUUCAAAAGUCCAUUUAUUUUGUUUAUUGGGUGUUUUUAGAGUAGUUUAAGACGCUUUGAUGCUUAAAAACAUUAUUUUUCACAUACUGCACAUUUAAUGCAGUACCUCUAUUCCCAGGCUGCCUGAAACGCUCCGAUUGAGUACGGGUUUCUCCAAAGCCCCUCCUUCCGAAAAGCCCAGAGUGCUCUGAUUGGCCAAAAACCUCCGGCGUGCGUCGGAAAUGUAACGCGCCUUAAUAUCUUCCAAGUCGUCCGAAGCAAUUCUAAGCUUCUACGCAUGACCGUUAAUAACGCAGUGGGUUUUACCGUGUCUGUUCGAGCCCGAGUCGGAUUCAGAAAAUGCGGAUGAUCGAGCAGAUCAAUCGGAACCAACUUUGCAAGCGCGACUUGAACAGAACGUUUCGUCAGUCUCUUACGUUUCAGAUACGAUGUUAUAAGGGUUUGAUUUGGCUUGUGCAAUCGACAGACACAUUCCCACAGCUGAAUAUCAAAACUACAACACAAUAACUUUAGCUAGCACGUUAGCAGACGUCUACAACUGAGCCCUGAGCCACAAAACUCCGCAUUUGACCAGUCAAUAGCAGAUACGUCAUAAAUUCAAACGUACUUGCAGGUUCUGAUUCAGAAACGCAAGAUGGGAAAGUGGGAAUCGCCCCAUUUUUCUUACAAGGAGCCUUCGUGUAUAGCCUGCGUUGUACUCCUCCAGGUUCAGGAAGCUGUCCUGUGUAAAAGACGCUGUGCUCAAGCAAACGUUCGGUGGUUCUGCUCAGGAACAGCGUUAAUAAACAAACAGUAACCACUGAUUCCUAAUUUCAUCCGUUUUCGGCAGGCCAAACGAAAACAAAGGGGUUUGGCUUUCGCAUCGAAACACACCGCGUCUCCACGACACGCCCCUAACACAGUUCACCGAAGCCUCGCCUUCUUUCUUCGCGCCCGCCUUCGGGUGGGAUUAUGCUGAUGUUUCAAAUAGCGAUGUAGACGUUUGCAGAAGUAACAUCUGGACUUCAGUCGAGGCGUUUUAGGCGGGUCUGGAGCCGUGCUCUCUGUCCCAUACAAUAAAUCCCUUUGUGGGAGAUGAUGAGCUUUGUAACUGCAGAUCUUCUACAUGCGCACACACAUUAAAGGAGAAGGAAAACAUCAAAGGACAUCAUAUGACCCCGUUAAUAGACGACCGUUAUAUAACCGUUUACAACAUUUUCACCCGCUGGAGCCUAUAAAACAUUUUGUUUCUGUGGAAAGUCAUAUUGUUCGGUGUUUUGUUUUGUUUUUGGGUCUUGGAGUGGAACAUUUUGUGAAUCAUAAAUAAAUAAAUAAUAAUAAAAAAGGGGUUUUCUCUGACUAGACUAUUUUACAUUAACGUGGCUCAGUAGUAUACAUUUUAUUUGAUCUCACUGGAUCUAAUUUAUAACAACAAUCAGAAACAAAAAAAAACAUUUUAUUAAGGAAAAGGAGGAGAGAUUAAACAACUGGUACAAAAAACAGAUUUUAUCGUCCGAUCAGCUCCUCGUUCUGUGAUUAGACAGUACAGUUGGUCUGGGUCAUAAAUGCACAUGGGGUUCUUUUGUUUUUGUUUUUAAAUAUUCUGUUUGACAUUAAAUUUAGAGCAGAUUUUUAGCUACAUUUCCAUGGGAUCUGACCCGGCAGGGUUUCCUCCAACUUCAUGUAGAUUUAAAAGUGGCAGCCACAUAGGGCUGACCAAUCAUGAUUGAGGAUCCAAGGUACUCUUGUCCACCUGCAAAGUUCUGACACUAGCUCUGUUUAAAUAUCCCAUAGAGAGUCGUGUAGAAAGUUCAGUGGAUAGUCCCAUACAUAGUUCAGUGUGUGUGUGUGCGUGUGUGUGUACCAUAAUUAGAAGAACAUUAGAAGAUAAAAUGGGGAAAUUAUGCACAAAAGGUUAUUUCUAGCAGUAUCUAGGUUCUCUAUAAUGUACAAUUAUAGAGUAAAAGAAAGGAAUAUCAUCUGGCAGAAGGUUUCCCCGCCUGACGGGACUCUCGGUGAGUAGCGGCUGAACUGUUACAGAAUGAAAAUAUCAUCAUGUUAAUUCCUCCACCCAGGUAGAGCGGUACCAGAGCUCUUUCUAGGCGAUGAGCACGUAGCCCUGCUCUGCUAUUGAUCUUCAUCAGAUGAAAACACUUCACAUUUACAGUUACAAGUACAAAAUCUCCUGUGAAUGUGUUAAUAGGUGCCUUGUUGCAUUUAAGACCCUGACCAUCUCCACUGUUCACCACAUUAACAAGCAAAAGGCACAAAACAUAACUGGUCUAGAUCUGAGCCCUGCUGAAUACAAUAUGAAACGAGCUCAGGAAGUCCUGCGUCUCCUGGUCCUAUUAAACACCUUACACUCCAAUAUCACUGUUUUAAGAGCAGGUAGAAAACACUACUACUGAUGACUACUAAUGUACCAGUCGUACCUUCAGAAUCGAGCUGUUCUCAGAGCUGGUGAUUUAACGCCAGCGUUUUCUAUUUUUACGACACUAAACGUACACGAAUUCAGCAGGUUUUGGAAAUCCAUGCCACGGCGCCUUGAAGCAUAAAAAGCAUUCGAUUAGUCAAAGGAACGUUUCCGCUCAAAACAAGUCAAACUCCCGUGCAAACUAAAGCAGACGCCAGACUCCGAGCACCGCGGACCGUUCUGUUUAAGAUGGUGUGUACGGGAACGUGAACACUUGCACCUUGCUGUUUUGUUUGUUUUUUUUUAUUAUCUGAUUGUGUGUUCGUAUCUGAUUGAUCUGUAACUGGUGGCUGGGUUUGAUUUGAUCCACAAUGUUUUUAAUUCAUCUGGGAUUAUAGAUGUGUAUAAAAAAAACACGAGGAAAAAUCCUGUGCUGCCGAGUGUGUGUUGUUUACUGUGUGUAUUCUUGUUGUUUUGUAAACA